GAAGAAGAAGAAAAGUGAGGUUAUUGUAAAUUUGAAUUAGAGUAUCAAUGAUAAGAAAUGUUGAUCAAAUGGAAUCAAUUGGACGUAAUUUUACACGAAGAAGUAAAGAAUGGUAUCAAAUGUUUACAAUUUCCAACUAUGACUCCAGUACAAGCAUAUACUAUCCCGCAAUUAUUGAAGAAAAAGGAUGUAGCUGCUGAAGCUGUUACAGGCUCUGGUAAAACAUUAGCUUUUUUAAUACCAACCUUACAAAUCAUGAAACAGAGAGAAUCGGAAGAAAAAUGGGGCAAACAUCAAGUUGGAGCUGUUGUAUUGUCCCCAACAAGGGAACUAGCUCUACAAACCAAAUAUGUGCUAGACACAUUAUUAAUACAUGUGAAAAAUAUAUCUCAAAUUUUAUUUGUUGGUGGAAAUAGUGUUGAAGAGGAUGUAAAUAAUUUCAAAACACAAGGUGGAAACAUUUUAAUUUGUACUCCAGGCAGGCUAGAAGAUUUACUUGUUAGAAAAUAUGAUUUAAACUUAGCUAAAUCACUGAAAAGUUUGGAGAUUUUAAUCCUAGAUGAAGCUGAUAGAUUAUUAGAUUUGGGUUUUCAAAAAUCUAUCAAUACAAUUCUGAGUUAUUUGCCAAGGCAAAGAAGAACUGGCCUGUUUUCAGCCACGCAAACCAAAGAAGUUGAAGAUUUAAUUAGGGCCGGUUUGCGUAACCCAGUUUUAGUCAGCGUGUCCGCCAAAGCUAAACAAAGCACACCCGAUCAAUUAAAUAAUUAUUAUUUGAUCACAAAAGAUAAUGGUAAAUUAGCCAGUUUGAUAGAUUUUCUUGAAAAGAAAAAUAUACAGAAAGGAUUACUUUUUCUGCCAACGUGUGCCUGCGUAGAUUAUUGGUCUCAUAUUUUUCCCUACAUCAUACCUAAACAUUUAAAUUUACCAAUUCUUGCUAUUCAUGGAAAAAUGAAACAUAAAAGACAAGCAAUUUUAGGAAAAUUCAGAAUUGCCGAAAAAGCUUUAUUAUUGUGUACCGAUAUUAUGGCCAGAGGCAUUGAUAUUCCCGAAGUAGACUGGGUGAUUCAGUGGGAUCCACCUACAAGUUCUAGUGCUUUUGUCCACAGAGUCGGUAGAACUGCUCGGCAGGGGAAACAGGGCUCAGCACUUUUACUGUUACUUGAAAAUGAAGAAACUUAUGUAUCCUUUAUUGAACAAAACCAGAGGGUAAAACUCCAAAUUGUUGAGAACGUAGUUUUGGAUGAAAAAAUAGAACAUUUGAGGGAGAAAAUACGGAACAUACUAAAAAAAGACAGAGCUAUUAUGGAAAAAAGUACUAAAGCUUUUGUUUCAUACAUUCAAGCCUAUUCAAAGCAUGAAUGCUCUUAUUUACUACAAGUCAAGGAAUUACCAAUAGGAGCUGUAGCUGCAACAUAUGGACUCUUGCAACUACCAAAAAUGCCAGAAUUGAAGAAACGAAUUAUCACCGAUUUUCCAGAAAUACCCAAUUUUAAUAUAAACUGUGUUCCUUACAAAGAUACAGCCAGAGAAAAAAUAAGACUUAAAAAAUUAGAGCAGUAUAACAACACAGGUGUCUGGCCCAGUAACAAACAAGUAUUUUAUAAAAAACCAACAGAACCUUGGUCACUAACAAAACAGAAAAAAGUAGAAAAGAAAAACAAACGUCUUAAAAGAAAAGAAAAAAAGCAGAAAUUAACAAAUAAUAGGAAUAUUGUGAAGAAAAAGAGGAAAAGGAUGAGUGAUGAAGAUUUAGAAGAAUUGAAACGAGAUGUAGAAUUACUCAAAAAACACAAGAAAAAAAAAAUUUCUGAUGAGGAAUAUAAUAAAGAAAUUGGUUUGGUUUAACAGAAAAAACAGAUAUUAAAUUUGUAAAUAAUUAUAUAAUUUAUACAAUAAAUUUUGUUAUAAAUAUAAAAAA